GUUUCCUUUGUUCUCCCUUGGUCGUGAUGCGUUUCGAGCGCGACAGCACGCAGAUGAAGGUGUCAGUAAUCGGCCAGACAAAGGUUGGCUGAGAUUGCCACUGCCAUCAUUGCCGCCGGUCCUCCACCUGUCACCGGUAUUUUCUUCAUCAAAUAUAGCAGUGGCAGUGGCAGUGGCAGUAGCCGAUGACAACAUGAUGCCAUGUGUUCGACUGUUGUGCAACAUACGAUAGCACGUAGAGAACGAUGAGCGCAGCGCGUGCAGUGGUUCCCAUAGUUCAACAUCCACGAGCAUUAUUGUUGUGUAGAGAGGGGACGUUCAAGACCCCCGCUUGCACUGCCCUCAUAUGUGUGGGCACAUUACGGAGAUGGACGUAAGAGACAUCCUAUCAUUGCGUGACCAAGCCGUUGUGCGUCCUCCUUUCCUGGUCUCUUCGUCCUCCAACAACUACUAUGUACGAAGUAUGUAUACUCAUGAUUGUUAUGGUACACGCUCCUGGAGAAGUCGUACUGCAGAGUACAGCUUGUGUUCCCCCUCAUUAGUCUUUUGCACUGCCCUCAGCCUCUUGAUCUCUCUCUGCGUCCUCUCCAACCACGCUCACACGCGCUACCUUGGCAUCUCCUUUCUCGUGACCAAUCAGAACGAUCCCUCCGUCCUCCAACUGCAUCGAUCACGCGAAUCGUCAUCUCCCCACAGCGAGCGCUUCCAUCUUCCUUCGCUGCAGGCCGUCUCUCCGGCCCUAAAACUGGGUUUGGGCGAUUCACGUGAGUCCAUCAAUUUCAUCACUAAGGCUAAAUGGGUCUACGCUGGUCUUCCCAUUGCUUCUUCCUUUGCACUACUGCCGGAGCCGCAUGGUGAUCGCUCGGUGUCUCAAACACUACCGGUACUGCCUACAAUACACUACGACUCCUCGUUGCACCGUGUACUGUACUGCAUCAUUGCACCCGGCAGGCUGAAGAACUCCGUUGAGGCCGUGUACUAUGAAGGCGUCCCCCCAACACAAUAAGAUAAACGCUACAAAGUCCAUCAAAACUUAGCACAGAAAACAAUCUGCCGGAAUUCAGCCUUUACGGGUCUUCGGCCGAUUCAUGUCUCUACGAUCAAGUCAAUUUACGGCGUCUCUCAAUGAUAAGGCCAUAUUUGCAGCCUCACCAUGCGCCAUCACCACAAGUUUUUCUGGCGGCGAGCCAUUCAAGGGCAGC